UGUCUCUGUGUGUGUCUGUGGCUUUGCAGCUGGUCCUGGACUCCCAGAAGCGCGUGUUCAGCUGGGGUUUCGGGGGGUACGGGCGCCUGGGUCACACGGAGCCGAAGGACGAGAUGGUUCCUCGGCUCGUCAAGCUGUUUGACUUCCCCGGACGCGGCGCCAGUCAGAUCUGCACCGGGUACCAGUGUUCCUUCGCCGUCAGUGAAAUGGGCGGGCUGUUCUUCUGGGGCGUGACCAACACGUCCAGAGAGUCCACCAUGUACCCCAAAGUUGUGCAGGAUCUGUGCGGUUGGAAGAUACGCAGCCUGGCGUGUGGGAAGACCAGCAUCAUCAUCGCUGCAGACGAGAGUAUGAUCAGCUGGGGCCCCUCGCCCACGUUUGGAGAGCUGGGAUAUGGAGACAACAAACCCAAAUCCUCCACCACUGCCCAGGAGGUCAAGACCUUGGACGGCGUCUACAUCGAGCAGGUGAUGAUGGGCUACUGCCACUCUCUGGUGAUCGCCAGGCAGGACACCGAGCAGGAGAAGGAGAAACUGAAAAAGCUGCCCGAGUACAACCCACGGACAAUCUGACCAGGGGGCGGGGGGGUGGGGCGUCCGACAGCGACCCCUCAACCUCUCUCUUCCCCCCAUACCCCC